CCAAGAACCCCACGCUGUGCGGCUUUCACCCGUGUACAGACUGCACCGCACCCCGCUCUGCGCGUCCUGCUCCCCGCUGUGCGUACAGCCUGAACCGCGCCUCGCUGGUUGCACCCUGCUCCCGCUCUGCGCAUCCUGCAGCCCCCCGUGUGCGUGCAUCAUGCGCUGCACCUCGCUGUCUGUAUCCUGCUCCCCGCUCCCUUCACCCUGCGCUGAACCGCACCGCUGCUACCCUGCUCCUCACUCUCUCUGUACGUCCUGCAGCGCAUCUCACUAAGCGCAGUUUGCAUUUUGCACCUCACAGUGUGCAUCCGGCACUGCAUCCUGCCGUGCGCGUCCUGCUGCCUGCAUCAUCUGCGCUGCAUGCUGCUGUGUGCAUCCUGCAUUGCACCCCACUCUGUACAUCCUGCAUUCUGCUGUGUGCACCCUUCCUUGCGCCCUGCUCUGUGCAUCCUGCACCCCCAAUGUCUGUCCUGCGCUGUGCCACAGCUGCUUCUUUGCUUGCUGCGAGUUUUGAAGGCCACUGAGGAUCUCUGAUGAACUGUGCCUCCAGGGCUGAGUGUGGCCCUCUCCCAGGGAAGGGCUCCAAGCUGGAACAAGUUUGCUUCGUGGGGACCUUGUUUUCCUCUCCACAGUGGUGGCAAUGCUUCUCGUCUGCACAAGUGCUGGCCCAGCACCACCCACUGCCAGCCCUCGGAGUGCCUCACCGUUCCCCGCAGACUGCAGCCGCCUCCGCAAGAACAGCCCCAGCGGGGUCUACGUCAUCCAGCCCGCAGGGUCCCCUCCACGCGUGGUGUGGUGCGACAUGGACACCGAGGGCAAGGGCUGGACUGUUGUCCAGAGAAACUCUUAUGACACUGAGCUCACGUGGAAGCAGUCCUGGACCACCUACAAGUACGGCUUUGGCAACGUGCAGGGCGAUCACUGGAUGGGCACCGAGUACCUGCACCUGCUGACCCAGCAGGGCACCUACAAGGUGCGCUUCGUGGUGCGGAACAAAGCCAACGUCACUCACUACGCCGAGUACGACAUCUUCAGGGUGGAGAGCGAGGCCAGCGGGUACCCGCUGAGGCUGGGCCGGUUCUCUGGUGAUGGGGAUGACUACCUGACUGGCUACCACCCCAAGAAGGGUGGCAUACACGACAACAUGAAGUUCAGCACGACCGACAAGGACCAGGACCAGUACAGCGGGAACUGCGCCAACUACUACGGGGGCUGGUGGUACGACAAGUGCCAGAACGUCCUGCUCAAUGCCAAAAACCACAUCCUGUGGCCGGGAUUCUGCGACAACGGCGACUGCUCCUCCUCCCUCAUCCUGGUCAAACCCACAGACGUGUGCUGACCGUGCCGCAGCGCCCAGUCUCCCGGGAGCUUGUGGGAGUGCCACCGCCCCCAGCUCAGUGCCCCGUUCCUGUGCUUGCCAGCAGC